AUGUCGGCCUUCAGUGUCCUUGCGUCACUACCAGGGGAUCAUCUCCAGUGUUCGUUAUGUCUGAACAUCUUUGAUGAUCCUGUGACCACCCCCUGUGGCCACACCUUCUGCAAAGCCUGCCUCAGUGAUCACUGGGAGCGAAGCGAUUUCUAUCACUGCCCCACAUGCAAUGAAAGAUUCCACGGGAGACCUAAGAUCUCCACGAACGAGGUCAUCGAGGAGAUUUCAGCCCAAAUAAAGAGAAGGAAAAUUGAGACAUCUGAGAGUGCUGAAGCCACAUGGCAGGUGAAGUGUGACGUUUGCACUGAAAUGAAAUUAAAGGCCUUCAAAUCUUGCCUUGGUUGUUGGACAUCAUACUGCAAAGCCUGCCUGGAGUUCCACCAGAGAGUCCCCGGUCUGAUGAGUCACAAGCUGAUCGACCCGGUGGAGAACCUGAAGGACAGGAUGUGUAAGAAGCACGAGAAGGUUCUCGAGCUUUUCUGCAGAGACGAAGAGGUGUGCAUCUGUCUGCUGUGCAAUGAGACGGACCACAAAGACCACAAGACGGUGCCUGUUGAGGAAGAAGGGCCUCAGCAGAAAGUGAGAGACACUAUUUGAUGAAAUGACUCAGAGGAAGUAACAAAAGGUUUACCGCUAAGUCACUUUUAUUUGUUUGAAUUUCAGGAAAAGAUUGAGACCCAAAAGGAAGAAAUCAAACUGAUGAUUGAAGACAGGAUGGUAAAAAUACAGGAAUUCACAACUGCAUCUGAAGUGAGCAGAGUAAGUCCUGGGGAAACGGUAACAUGCACCAACCUCAAUACAACUCUACGCUGAUGACACCUUUGUGUUUAUUUCUGUUAGGAAAAAGCAAACACAGAGAUGGUGGACAGCGAGGCCCUCUUUACGACCUUGAUAGAUCGUGUCCAUGAAGCAAAAACCAAUCUCAGAAGGAAUAUCCAGGAGAAGCUCAGAAAAUCCCAAGAGAAGGACAACGCCAUCAUUGAGGAGCUGCAGGAGGAAAUCGCCCAACUGCAGAGGAAGAACUCUGAGCUGGAGGAGCUCUCCCAAAGUGACGACCACCUUCAACUUCUGCAGGUGAGAAGACAGUCUUAAUUCUGUAUAAACUGAUGGAAACACGUGACUUUAAAGGGAUAUUCCGGUGUAGAAUUAAUUUAGGGUCAAACAUACUGUAACACCGAGUUAGACACUCCCUCCAGAGAUGAAUGCUGCCGACCACUCGCUUCUCUAGUUAUACCAACUUUAGUAACGACCGCAGAUAGCAAUACAGAGAACCAUGCGCUCAACCAAAACGCCACUCUAUAGCCACAAAUAAUGCUCAGAACAGAACCUAACUUCAUCAACAGGACAUAUAGGGUACUAGCCACCAAACAUCUUUUCAACUUUGCCUGAUUUCUUUCACAAAGAUCUGAUCUGAUCUGAUUGCAUUUCAAUGAAGAAAUGAUCAUAAAUGUUCUUCCUUGAGCUGCGAAACUCCGCUGUAGUCUGUAAUGGAAUGGCCCAAGGUCUUGCUACAAAGAUGUUUGGUGUCUAGUACUAUGGCUGGGACCCUAUAUGUCCUGUUGAUGAAGUUAGGUGCUGUUCUGAGCAUUAUUUGUGGCUAUAGAGUGGCGUUUUGGUUGAGGUUUGUUUAUGGCUCCUCAGACGGCUGUGUAUUGCUAUCGUGCGGUCGUUACUAAAGUUGGUAUAACUAGAGAAGCAACCUUCAUCUCUAACCCUAACUUAAUUUUUACAUUGGAAUGUCCCUUUAACAGAGUACAGACAGCAGGCUUAAAUCCAGCCUUCUGUCACUCAUGAUCAUGCAUUCGUGAAUCAUUUCAGACUUUGCAGAACCUGAGGGCCAUGUCAGUCACCAAGAACUGGUCUCAGAUCAGUGUUUACUCAGAGCUGUGUGUGCAGACAGUGAGGAGAGCGAUGACUCACCUCGUCCACAGUUUUCAGUCAGAGCUGAAAACUCUUACGGACACAGGUAAAAAUCUGAAUCCUUGUUUUCACCUGUGAGUUCAAAUCUCUUGAUGUUGACAAAGACUGUGAUGUUUUUAUUCUCACAGAACUGACCAGGAUGAGACAGUAUAAAGGUAAGAUAAUGGAUUAAUUGAUUUUUUUAUGAUUAAAUGAGUAAUUAAUCAAAAUUAAGCUGGUCUGUCUUAAUUCAGAGUCGGUGACCUUUGACCUUGCCACUGCUGGUUCUGGCCUUGUCGUGACCGAAUUUGGAAAACGUCUGAAAUACUUCAACAAUGCAAGUCACUCGUCAUCCGAUGACUCAGAGAGGUCCAACUGCCCCAUGAUUUUGGGGAAGAACGGCUUCACGUCUGGGCGUCACUACUGGGAAGUCAGAGUGGGACUGAGGAACAACUGGGAUGUCGGUGUUGCCACGGAAACAGCAAACAGAACAGGGAAGGUGGCUUUGAGAGAGGAAAACGGCUUCUACUCCAUCGGAAAGAGGGGCUUUGAUUAUGAGGUUCACUGCUCUCGCAACUCGGUUCUCCAUCUGAAUCCCAGGCCGAGGGAAGUGGGGGUUUACGUGGACUACAACGAAGGCAGGGUCUCUUUUUUUGACGUGGAUAGAAAGCUGCACUUAUACUCUUUCUCACGAAUAACCUUCACGGAGAAAAUCUUCCCAUACUUCUACCUGUUCAGCAGGGGCAAAAAGUCAGAACCACUGGUUCUUACCUCUAUGGAAGAUCAGGCAACAUUCUUCGCUCGUCUUUACGCCCUCAGACAGGCUUCAAAAACAACGGAAUAA